CGCCGUAAGACAUUGAAGGAAUAUAUGUUGCCUUUAUUAUAUCUCUUGGUUUGGUCAACCCAUACUGUCGUCAGCUUAGAUAUUGAUACUGAUAUUAACCUAAGCUCAGACUUGAAAGGUUGUCUGAUCGGAAAUCCGUCGGCAGUCAAAUUGUGUACAAAUAGAGAUGGUAUUUCUGUUGAUAUAACGGAAUCUAGUCUUCUACAAAAGGGGAAUACUUGCAUAUUUGAAAAUGAAGAAUAUCCAGUGGUUUGUCAGAAUGGAAUGAUUACUCUCACAGCGGGUGGAAAGUUUAUAGAAGAGAGAAUUGUUCAAAGAAAAAAAAGAUUCCUUGGUGGUUGGACACGUGCCUUUUGCCUUUUUCUGUGCAAUAAUCAUCACCACCAUUCUCCUCCAAACAGACCCCCAAAGGUUAUUAGGAAUGUAGCACUAAGGGUAGGCACACCUAUUUACGCAGCACAAAGAAGGUUAAGUACCAGAGUGUAUUGGGAUGAGCCAGUUAUCACGGAUCCAGAACAAGGAACGUUAAAAAUUACUACUUCACCUAGUAAUUAUAGAAGUGGUGGAGAAUAUACCGAAGGGUCUUAUGUUAUACAUUUUAUAGGGACAGAUGAAGGGGGUCUAUCAGCAUCUGAUUAUCUUAUAUUCGAAGUCAAAGUAUAUCGAUGUGGACCCUUGCGCUGGCCUGAGAAUGGCGACAUCAAUUGCAAUAGUAGAGACAUAAUAUAUGGGACAACCUGUACAGUAUCGUGUAAAUCAGGAUUCUCUCUCAGUGGCAAUAGCAAUAUGGUAUGUCAAAAGAAUGGGUACUGGUCACCUGGCAGAAUACCAGAUUGUAAACCUAAAGCUUGUAGAGGGUUACCAAACAUAUUAAAUGGAAGAAUUUCCUGUUACAAUAAUAAAAUGGUGUACGAUAAUAUUUGUGAAGUGGUGUGCGACGAAGGUUUUCGUGCAAUAGGAAAUCACUUGAUUAGAUGUAAUUCUGAAGGCCAGUGGGGAGCUUUGCCUACAUGCAAAGAUAUUCUUCCUCCUACAUUUCUACACGGAGAGUGUCCGGAUGAUAUGCAAGUUUACAUUGAUUCUACAAAUAAUACUGCUACUGUAACUUGGGAAGUGCCAUCAGGAACAGAUAACUCGAAGGAAUCAGUGAUUAUUAAAGAAGAACAUGGUUAUGUCCCCGGGCAACGUUUCAAGGCGGGAUCAUAUGCUGUGAAAUACAGUAUAGAAGAUCAAGAACAUAACAAGGGAGACUACUGUAAUUUCAGAAUUGAAAUUUUGACCAUCAGUUGCGAGCCUCCAAAUCUGUUGGUGCCACAUUUAGUGUAUGAAUGUCCAGAUUCAUAUAGACUUGGGGCGUCUUGUUCUCUCCGUUGUAAAUCUGGAUAUCCAUUAGGUGGAGCAAAUCAAAUUCAUUGUAAAGUUAAAACAAAGAGUUAUCCACCAGCAGUAAACUGGAAAUGGAAUGAUGACAGCUUAAAACCAUUCUGCAAAGAAACAAAUUGUUCAAGAGCUGCUCUCAGUGAGCCUUUAAACGGAGCUCUUGCUUGCAGUGAAUGGACGCAUGGUCAAAUGUGUCAAAUGCAAUGUGAAACAGGUUAUGAUAUUCCCAACAUCGGGCUUGGUUUUUUUGUAUGUGGACGAUCUAUUGGCAAAUGGAGACCAACAAAUAAUGUGCCGGAUUGUAAUGUGAAAAUGGACGUCACACAUAUACAUCUGCCUAGCAAGUUUUACUAUUAUACUGGACGUUGUAACAGUUCCGUAGAAAACAUGAGACAAAUUAAAGAAAACUUUGUACUAGCUUUAAACAGAUCAAUGUUUUCCGAAGCUUGUCGUGGCGUUCCAGAAUGCCGUGCAGAGUAUGUGAAUGUCACGUGCGGUUCCAUUUCCGGACGCCACAGACGCGAUGUUAGCACAAAUACUUAUACACAUGCAUAUGAAGUACAGUUUGAGAUUGUUGCAAAAUUUCAAAACAUAACCGGAAAAAGCAACAAAGACGUUGUUUUAGAAAAUAAAGAACGACUUUACAACAUGUCAGACAUCAUCCAAAAAGAAGUUGAUAAUGGUCUCUUUAACUUAAACAUAACAGACACACACGUUAAUAACAAUUCGUACAUCCCUGGACAACCAGUUUUAAUAUGUCCACCGGGAACAACACCUAGGGAGUCAUCUGCGACUUGUGUUGGAUGUCCGAAAGGAAGCUAUAUGGAAGCACACGGCGUAUGUGAAAAAUGUCCCGUUGGCACUUACCAAAACAAACCUGAUGCCUCAACGUGCAUCCCUUGCCCUGAACAAAUGAACACAACAGGAACCGGUUCUGACGAUAUUGGAAUGUGUCUUGGAUAUUGCACCGAAGGCCAGUUCUCCCAAAACGGUCUUACCCCAUGUGUCAAAUGCCCAGUAAACUCGUACCAGCCAAACAUGAUGACGACAAAAUGUAUAAGGUGCAGGACAGGUACAAUGACGUUAAAUGAUGGCGCAACGUCAACUAAUCAAUGCAUAGAAUACGAUGUACGUCUUUCAUCUGGAAAAACAACAAUAAGAAGAAAUUUGACUUUUGACUCGAUAACUCUAUACAUGUGGGUUUACCAGUUGGCCACAGAGAGUUCUAGUAAACGGCAGAUUUCAAUUCGGUUAUACGGAUCUGAAAAUUCGGGAGCGUCACAAAAUAUUACAAUGUUUCCAGUAACAUGCAUGCGACAAAAUGGAAGCUUGCGACCUGAAAAUAUAAUUCCACUUGCGAAAUGGACUAGCGUCGUCAUCAGGUUAGAUAUACGUGCAAAUGUUCUUUCCGUGUAUAAAGAUGGGAAAUAUGUCUGUCAGAACUCUUCCAUGAUGUCAUCAAAUUAUUCACUGAUCCAAACGCAAUCACUCGAGAUAAAUGGAGAUAUGAAAGUUUCUUCGUUCAAAGUAAUUCCUAGAAUGGCGACUACGUCAGAGAUUUCGAGCUGGUCAUUAACUUGCAAACCAAACAUUACUGGCGAGAUAAUGUGUAUGGAUGACAUUGUUGACACAGGGCUUGCUCAAAUUAUUAUUCCCUCCGUCUGCGAUGAUGUGGACGAAUGUGCAAAUUCCCCAUGUGGUACCCACAAAUGUAUCAAUAUACGUGGUGGAUAUAAGUGUGAGUGUGAAAAAGGAUUCACUGGCAGUCAAUGUGAUAUUCUAAUCGACCUUUGUGAACAAAGCUUGUGCCAGAACAAUGCAACAUGUGUUAUGGGAAAUUCCAAUUAUUCAUGUCAGUGCCCUAAUAGAUAUGGUGGAGCUUAUUGUCAAGUAAGAGCAGUUGACGGAGCGUGGUCUAAUUGGUCUGGUUGGACUAGCUGUUCAAAAACCUGUGCUAAUGGUAUACAGACACGAACAAGAAGAUGUGACAGCCCACCACGUAAUGCACAAGGCAUGGACUGCAACGGAAAAAGCGCUGAAACAAGAACAUGUUAUAUGGAAAACUGCCCAGAGUGCAUUCGUUUAACAAUGACUCAUGGGCUUAGAACAACUUGCAAUACAACAACUGAUUUAAAGAGAUGCACGGUAUCAUGUGAAGAUGGUCUUUAUUUUCCGAUUCCACCUUUGCCAUACUAUGAAUGCGGCGUUGCCACUGGUCACAAAUGGAAUCACCAGACCAAAAAUAAUCCUACUGCAAGGCUUCCAUCAUGCACAGAGAUAGAAAUACCCAAAACAAUAGGUGUGAGCUUCGAAGGACAUUAUACGUCGAUACCGUGUAGUCCUGACAAUAUAAGAUCCCUUAAAGGCCAACUUGAAAGGAAACUUACAAAAGUUGAUUGUUUAAGAGACGGAAUCUGCAAAACUGAAGUGCUCCCGAAAUGUAAUAGUAGUGGACAAUAUGUGUCAGUGAUAGUAAGUCUUAAAGCACCUGAAAAUUACACGAACUGGGGUAUCAAUGUUACAAAAAUAAACGGAACCACUUCCCAACAGAGUUUGGUGGAUUUUGGAGAACACGUGAUACAAUUUGAAACGUCUGCUAAGUACGUUAUGAACAACUCUGCGCACGUUUUUCACGUAGUAAUUGAUGGAACAGAUCAUUCUCUUUCUGGAGGGGAACAGAUGCUGAGUCAUGAAUCGUCAAUGCGUUGUGACCCGGGUACAAUUCCCAUAGAAAUGUUCUGUGCUGAAUGUCCUCCCGGUACAUACAACGACGGGGUAAUUUCUUCUUGUAAAGAAUGCAGGCAAGGCUAUUACCAAAAGCAUUCAGGACAGUCAACUUGCAAACAGUGCCCGUUUGGUACUUCCACAAUUGGAACGGGCUCCACGAAUGUUUUGGAGUGCAAAAAUAUGCAUUACCUAUCAGUGAUACCAGGUGGACAUUACGUCAAUAACACAGAUGUGCGUUCAGACAGGGUUGACGGUCAAGAAAAUGUUGACGUGAAGAUAGCUGUUGGAGUAUCGGUUUCAAUUGCUAUUCUGUUGUUUGCGUCCUGUGUUAUCAUAUUUCUUAUCCGUGGAAGAAAGAGGUAAAAUAUAUUUUGUUUG